AUGAGGGCUUCACUCGCCGCUUUGCGCUGGGUCCGAGAUGCCCUAAAGCCACAGGACAGGGAUGACCAUCCAGGUUUCGAGGCCCAGCAGAAGACGUCGCGGCCGCGGUCCAGGUCACCGAGAGCCGCGGACUCCAAGGCCUGGUGUGUUGCCUGCCAGCGCCUGGACUUUGGUCGCUUUUGCCCGCAGUGUGGUGAAAAGCUGGUGACUCCAACACACGAUAUGUGUGUCGUGACGCCUUCCGGACAGUGGCUGCUGGAACCCUCAGAGAGUUGCGGAGACGCAAACAGGCCUGAGCCUUCAAAAUUGAAGCUGGAUGCUCCAGAGCCGGAGCUCAGGGAUUUGUCGGCUGACCUCCGCUCCCCGCGGCGGACGGCUGUGGCGCCAUUGUCGUCAGCCUCUGUGUCGGGCGAAAGUUGCUCGUCCUUGGCGCCUGCUCCGGACGAGGACGAUGAGGACGCGGAGGAUGCAGAGGACGCAGAAGAUGAGGAAGAUGCAAAGGACGUGGAGGACGCGGAGGACGCGGAAGACGCGGAAGACUCGGAGGAGUCGGAGGACGCGGCAGCUCCUUCAGCUUCCAAGGCGCUCCCAAAACUCAGCGCCAAGCUCUCAGAGCCUGAGCCUGUGGAGCUGCCACGCACCGCGGCCACCCAGCUAGACGAGGAGGAGGCUUCAGAAGAGGACGAGAAGGAUGAGGCUGGCGCCAGCGAGGCGGAGCAGGAGCAGGAGGUGGAAGAGGAGGUGGAGCAUGAGGAGCAGGAGGAGGAGGAUGAGGAGACCGAGGCAGAGAAAGGGGAAGAGGAGGCAGCAAAGGGUCAGGAUCUCCAGGAGCAGCGUGCCGCGGUGAUGCAGGUGGAGGACCCUCCUGCACUUCUUGAGGUCGAGGAUCCCAUUGCGGGGGAGGUCGACACGGAGGAAGAGGAGGAGGACGAGGACCAGGAUGGCGAGGAUGGCGAGGAUGGCGAGGAGGAGGAGGAGGUUGAAGUCGCUGCAGAGGAGGCUGCAGAGAAGCCGCCGAGCAAGACAGAAGCAGAGGUAGGGGCUCCACCUCAAACUGAGAAGCUGCGCUGUCCGAAGGAAGUGUCCAAUGGCAAGGCGCCGAAAGGCCUGCCCAAAGCCCAAGACAGCCUGCGAAGAAAAGGCGAGAAAGCCGCAGCUCCCAAGAAUCAGGUCAACGGCAUCAAGGGCAUCAAGGGCGAGGACGCACAUGGUGAGCCAGCGACGCCCCCAAGGGUGAGAAAGUCCGCUGAAGCUCGCGAGGAGUCCGCAACGCGAAGCGCACCAAGGUCAGCUCCAAGGUCAGCCCCAAGAGGGAAGUUCCUCGCUUUCGUGGCAAAGAAGCGGCAUAACAGCUUUGGGCAGAAAGUGUCUGAGAAGGACUCUGCCAGUGCCCCUUCUCACACUGAGGGCACGCCACGGAAGGCGCGGCCGACCUUGUCGCAGCUGAUCAUGUGCCGUCGGGCGGAAGCGCCACUGAAGCGGCAAGUCAGGAAGGCCAUGCCCAUGGCAGGCGCAGGCGGCGCAGGCGGCGCAGGCGGCGCAGGCGGCGCAGCCCAAGAAACACCACUGAGACGGCUCAAGGGCAAGCAGCGCUUGACCCGUCCAGCGCAUCCCGUGAAGAAUGCCAAAGCACCACCAGUUGGCAAGCCGAAGGCGAAGGCGAAGGCCAAAGCCGCUGAGGCACAGGUUGUGGCCUCUGAGUGGGUGGGAGAGUGUGCACAGGAUGCCUACCAGAUCUUCAGCCACUUCGAGAGCACUGCCGGCGCGGACCCUUCGGGCUGCCUGGCGCGCCUCCGGGCGCUGAGGGGUAUCCACGGCCAUGCCAAGAUGUCCAAGGCCCUCGAGAAUUGUGCCGAGGCGAUACUAUGUUCUGCUGACUGCCGAUCCAGCUUCCUGCUUGUUGACGGCUGUCUAGACCUGCUUGCCACGAUGGCUUUGGAGGCUGAAACCGAAGAGAAGACGCCGGGCCGAUUGCUGGCCUGGCUUGUGCAGCGGCUUGGCAGUGAGGCCGAGGCGCUUCGCGCUCGAACAGCGCGUUGUCGAGCAGCUUGCCUCCUAUGGCGUCUGCUUCCACCUCCGGGCAAGGCGAACGCACAGGUCCUGAGCAGACACCUGACCGAAGCUGCGGGCCUGGCACUGCUGGAUCUUGCCAAGGACCGUACGCCAGCAGUGCGACUUGCAGCGGCGCGUGGGCUCAGCCGUGUCGAAGGUGAGGAGUUCUGCUCGGCGCUGCAGCACCUGGCCAGCCGCGAUAUCACCCCUGCUGUCCGCUCAACGGCCGUCAUUGCACUUGCAGAGCGGGGUGCUGCAGAGGAGGUAGCGGGGAGAUGCCUCGACGCAGCACCGCGUGUGCGGUGCUGGCUUUUCGAGGCGCUGGAGAAGCAGGAGCCUGGCAAGCUGCUAGCCGACGUCGUACGCCUGGGAUUCAAUGAUGCCAACGCUGAGGUUCGAGGUGCCUGUGAAUCCUACCUGAUGAGUUGGCUCUCGAAGCAGCGUGAGGUCAAAGGUGCUGAAGCCCUGCUCCAGGACAUGGUCCAGCAGUUGGACGAGACCACUGCAGAGAUGGUGUUGAAGGUUGUCUUUGCAUCCUCCGACUGGACGGCCUGCUUAGAUGCGGUAGCCUCCAGGGCUCCAGGCGCCGACGCCGCAGCUGCGCUGAUGUGGCGAGUGGCAGCACAGCUGUCCGAUGCCGCCGUUCCGGACGCAAAGCCGUUACCCCUCCAGGCCAUGUCAGCCGUGGAGCUGGAGCGGUGGCCGCUGUUGCGCCAGCUUCUCUGGCGCCUCCUCCAGGAGGAAUGCGGAAGUACGCAGGACCUCUUGGAGGUAGCUGACACGGUGCUGCGAGAAGCACCUCCAGAUGAUCUGGGAGAUGGAUCCAUGACCUCACUGCAUCACUUGGCGGUGGCGCUACUGCGGCGAGCCGACCCCGAGGGCGUCAACUGCACGGUCCUGACGAUGUUGGAAGAUUUCCAGGAUGAGGAUGGGAUGCGGCAGUUUGACAGCUUGCUGAAGAAAAAGAACGUCGCGGAAUGCACACGUCUUGACAGCCUGUCCAACUUGUCUCAAAAGACCUUGCGAGGUCUCUGUGUCAUCGACGCAGUUCUGUCCCAGUCAUCCGUGAAAGCGAACCCUGCGGGUGAGGACAUGCCUCCUCUGCUAGGUGGGACUGAGCUCCUUCAUACUUGGCUGCGUCCGGCACUGAACCGCGCCGAUGCUGCCGAGCCUCUGCUUGGCGGUUGCUGGUCCCGCCACCGCGUGCUGGCAGUGAGGUGCAUGGCCCUGCUCACCUCUGUGGAGCCUGAAGCUGCCUCCUCGAAUUGGCCCUUCUUCUUGUCACUGCUGCGGCGAUUUGGCUGCCGGCCCGGGCGUGAUGCAGAGCUUAUCACGCAGACCUGCGCCAUGUUCCUGUCGGAUGUGUUGCUGCUGCACAGCGGAGCGACCGAGUGGUUACCCGACCCCGGGGCCAAGUGUGCGGCGCUGCUUGCGGCCUUGCGGAAGGCCAAGGCCGUAUCGCCACAGUUGCGCAGGAAGCUUUCCGAGAAGGUUGCCAUGAUGAUGUUGUAUGGAGCAGAUCGAGGCACAAACAUGGAGUCCACCUGGGCACUGACCUCCAUGAUGCUUGAAGUGUUUCAUCAUCCCUUGGGGAAGCCCAGCAACGAAGACUUGGACCUUGCGAAGCUGGACUUGGAGGAGGCGGAGGAGGCUGCGCAUCGAGGACGCCUUCUGUGCUUCUUUGGGUGCCUGGGCCGCGCCUCUCCGGCGCACGCGGCACGGCUCGGUGCAGUGGCGGAGCUGCUCCUGGCCACGGAUCUUUGGCACUUGGCGGUGCCGCGGCCAUUGACUUCGGUGCGAGGCUCCCAGACCUGGCGCUACUUGCAACUUCCGCGUCUACUCCGUCUUGUCUGCCAGCAGCUUGCAGCUUCCUGUGCCAGCCAGGUGGGAAGGCCAGCGGCGCGACACAGCGCCGCCAUCUGGCUCCAGCAGGUUUGGCGGCCGCUGGCGUUGCUCUGCUUGGAUGUUGACGAGGAACCCCUGCUGGCGGAGCUGCUGCGGGCAGCAAUUGUGCCGGUGCAGGCCGUCGGCCGUUCUUGCUCCGCUCCCCUCUCGGCUGCUGGGGACUUCUGGCCCUUCGUCGCUCGGGAGGUCUCAGAAGCUUGCCAGGAGAUCUCCACAAAGUGGUCUGAAAAGCGCUCCAAAGAUUCGGGCGAGGCCCAGCUGAAGCCCAUCCUCCGAGGGCUCAUCCAGUGCCUGCAGACAGUCAAAAUCGACCAGGUCGCUUCUUCCCUGCCGAAUUGGGAGGAGGUGCGUGAAGAAACACGCGACCGGCGGCUCCAGCUCCGACAGGAUAUGGAUGGCUUAGAGAUCGACAUUAGCGACCUCAUUGCACAGGCUCUUCAUGUAGAGGGAGGUCCUGCGAGGGGCCGCAAGCGACGCAGUGGACAAGCCUCUGAUGAUGACAGCGGAGAAGCUCUAGCACCAAAGCGAUUGGCUCGCACCCUGUUUAUUGGCCGCCCUGGAAGCUGUUGA